GAUCAGCCGCCCUCCCGCCCCUGCCGCCACCGCUCGCCACAGCCGCCUGCUGCGCUGAAGGAUCGACAACCCACAGCCGUCGCAGCCGAUAUUCUCGCCACCUGUUCGACGGAAUGUUCCCAAGGGCCACCAAGCGGCGGGUGCCGGUCAACGGGCCGGGGGAAGCGUCGUCGUCCCGCGGGCACACGGGAGGAGAUGGAGGAGGAACCGACCUUGCCGCCGACCGCCUCAGCGCGUUCCCGGACGCGCUCCUGCACCACGUCAUGAUGUUCGUGAAGGCGUGGGACGCAGUGCGCACGUGCGUGCUCUCGCGGCGGUGGCGCGACCUCUGGGCCUCUGCGCCCUGCGUGGAUAUCCGCAUGGGGCGCCUGAGGACUACACCAAGUUCGUGUACCGGCUGCUGCUCGCCAGGGAGGCUUUCGCGCCCGUGGAUACGCUCCGGCUCCGCUUGCGAGGCAAAGAUGAUGAUGAUGAAUUUGACACAGAUGUCAGGAUGUGGAUUCGUCAUGCGAUCAGACGGAAGGUUCGGGUUAUUCAGCUAACUGGGCAUGCCAUUGUGUUUGCGCGGUUGGAUUCCAUGGAUUUCGUCUCUCGCCACCUCAAAAUCUUGAAGCUGUCCUAUGCCAAUGUGUUUGAUAGCUUCACCAUGAAGCUCUCAUCUCAAUGCCCUUCUUUGGAAGAACUAGAGCUCAAGGACUGCUUGGUAGAGGGACACGGGAUUAUACAUGUCUCUCUGAAGAGGUUGACCAUGGUCAAGUGUGCUUUCUUGAAGAACUUCUUGGUCGAUGCUCCAAACCUCGUAUUUGUGCGGUGCAUCGCACCAGAGAGGUGGGUUCCUCUGUUCAAGAACUUUGAGGCACUGGUCACAGGCAGUGUCAUGUUUGAUGACUCUUUAUUGAGUUAUGAAUUUGGGUACCAAGUGGAUGAUGAUGAAUUUGCUCAAACCAGUGAUGAUGAUGAUGAUGACAACAACAGUACAUAUGCCCGGAGCAUUGGUAAACCUAUUACUGCUUCUGAUGACAGUGAUGAGUUCAUCAGUGAUGAUUCUGACUUUUCAGAUGAUUUUUGUGAUGAGUAUUCUGAUGACGUCAAGGACAGUCAUGAUUAUGGAAGUGAUAUCAAUAGUGAUAGUGGCACCUAUGAGUACAGUGAGAUUGCAAAUGGUCAUGAAUAUAAGCAGUUUGAAAAUCUUAAUGAUGGCCAUGAUUGCACUAAGGGCAGUAACUAUCAUGGUUGCAAUGCAAUGUAUGCGACCAGUGAUUAUAAAAGUUUGGGUGGCCAAAAUGUUCUUCAUAGUCUUUCAAAUGCUCAAAAUCUGGAGCUGUUAGGUCAUUUGGGAGAGGUUGUUCUGAGGAGAGAAUCUAUAAGUUGUCCUACUUUUAGCAACCUGAAGACUUUGACCCUUGGUGAGUGGUGUAUCAGUACAGGUGCUGAUUUUGACAUACUAGUUCUGUUACUUCAAUAUUCACCUACUUUGGAGAAGCUUUAUCUUCAUCUUGAAAAGAACCCUGACAUCCAGAAGGCACUGGAAGGAGGUAUAAAGCCAAAGGGAGGAUUGUUUUCUUGUAAACACCUUAGUAUGGUGAGGAUCAGAUGCACCAAGGGCAAUCCAAGAGUCCAUAUGUUGGCUCAGUUGUUUAGAUACAAUGGUGUACUGCUUGAGAAGAUUUACGUCCGUCGGAGUGGGAGUUUCUGCGAGUACUACCUUAUGUCCAUAUCUUUGUGUUUGUGCAGUAUUGUUGUUUCAUUCUUUUGUUAUACAGCACUUCUUUGAAGAAGUUUCUUUAUUUUUUUUGUCAGUGUAAAUCUUUGCAUUCACUCAUUUUCUGUUUGUUUCCUUCCAGACCUUCGUAACUUGAAGCUGCAGAGGACCAUUGCCAUCGAUGAACUACAUGAAUCUAGAUCCCAUUAUUGAAAAAGGAAAUGCCUCGCGGACCUGUUUCAGCUCUUGCUGAUAAUUGCAGCAUCGUUUAUGCAAGUAACCUGUAAGCCUGUAUAGAAGCUAUGUGUACCUCCAAAGGUUCGGGUUUUCUGGUGGAGGCUGGUGAAUAGGUUCCUACCGGCGGCCAAGGAAAUUCUGCAUCAGCGGCAUAUUGAACCGAUUGCAAAUUGCGAAGUUUGUGGGGCUGAUGCGGAGUCGAUAAAGCAUGUACUCAUGGACUGCACAAUGGCCAGGUAUUUCUGGGAUCAGGCAAGGGUGCUCACAGGGGUUAAGGUGCCAAGACUGAACCCUCACGCAUGGGCACAUGAUCUAGUUGACCCACGCAUUUGCUCAGAAAAGGAGGCUGCUGUGAUUCUGUCUGGUAUGUGGUCACUGUGGAUGGCGAGGAACAAGCGGAAGCAUGCGGAGGCAAGCGUUCCAACAAACUUGGCAGUUCGGUGGGCAAAGGAUACUGCCUUUGAUCUAUGGCAAUUGCGCGCGGAGGAUCGCAUAGGAGCGACCGGGGAGGGACCAUGAAGGAACAAGUUGUGGCGGGGAGCCGAGAUGGUAUGAGCACUGCCUAUCUAUCUCCGUUGGCAGCAGAGGCAAUGGCGUGUCGUGAUGGUUUGCAGUACGCACGAAGCCGAGGAGUGGAGCGAAUCCAGUUAGAGACGUCCUUGUUAAUCUCUGGGAGAAGCGC